AUGGCAUCUACCUCAGAAACGGAAGCGGCUGUUCAAGCUGCCACUGACAAGAUCAUCGACUACUGCCGUCAAAACAACAGCUACCCCAUGUGGACAGUGACCAAUAAGGUUUCAAAGCUCAGCCCAAACCCCAAGGCACUACCAACCAGAUGGGCAUGGUCCGACUUUCGCAAAAUCUUGCUCGAGACUUGCACGAUUGUUCCUGAGCAUAUGGCUGAGCGUAGAGCGCUGAUGAUGGUCAACCCAGGGUUCCCUGCCGUAAAUGGAUCCUCACCUUUUACAACCGAUACACUCUAUGCGGGUUUCCAGACUGUUCUUUCAGGAGAAACUGCGCCAGCUCAUCGUCACAUGGCUUAUGCUGUUCGCCUUAUCCUUGAGAGUGAUAAAGGCUUCACCUCAGUCGCUGGACACAAGAUCUAUCUUGAAGCGGGUGAUUUUGUAUUGACCCCAUCGUGGGAAUGGCAUUACCAUGGCAACGAUGGCACCACACCCACCAUAUGGGUAGAUUGUCUAGAUAUUCCCCUGCAUAUUUUUGCUCGCAUUAACUUCCUGGAAUUAUACCCCACUCCCAGUGUUCCUGACCUUGUCACUCAGGGAAGCCCCUUCCACUUCUCAUGGAAGGAGGCAAAAAGAGCUCUCGACUCUCAGGCUGGUCCACAUGCCAUCUAUCACUACCUGAGGAAUGCCGAAAAGUUCUCAAAAGGUUAUGCAAUCAAAGCUUUCCAAGAAACUUGCAGUUUUAUAUACGUUGUCAUCAACGGGUCAGGUCUUUCAAAGAUCAAGUCGCCGGCUGGGGAGUCGACGAUCGAAUGGAAAGAGAAGGACGUUUUUGUAGUGCCGGCUUGGUCUUGCGUUGAGCAUGUUUGCAGUGAUGAGAGCGAUACCUACUUGAUCGCUUUGACUGAUCGAGCCUUUGGGGAAGCUUUGGGGCUUUCUAGAGUAACUUAUGGUUAG